UUUAGAAAAAAAGUGACUGAAUUCUGAAAAGAAACGUAUGUAAAUAGGGAGGAGAGAGACAGAGGGAGGGAGAGAGAUCUUCACGUUCUUCUCUCCUUCUCUUCUCCUCUUCAGGCAUUUCUGGUUUUUGGUAUUUGAAAGAAAUGCCUGAGAUUCUUGAGGUGGUUUGAGUUUGUUUUAGCUCUUGGAGGGCGGUUUUUUCAUGGUUCUUCGAAGGUGGUUUUUUUAGGUAUGGAUUUUGAUUUUUAUUGCAAUCAUUUUGUGGCAUUGAUGGCAUUUGGGGAGGCUGGAAUUGGGCAUUGACCAUUUCGGACUCUAUUCAUUCAAAGAGUCCGAAAAGAUGAGAUCAGGGCCGAAGAAGGGCUGGAACUCUGUCCUCCCUUUUCGCCUUAGGGUAAAAUCAGCUACCCGUUUCUGCAUGUUCUCCAAGGUGCGGUCAGCUGGCCUGACUCCAGGAAAUGCGCCGGUUUAUCUCAAUGUAUAUGACCUGACGCCCAUGAAUGGAUAUGUUUAUUGGGCCGGACUCGGGAUAUUUCACUCUGGAGUUGAAGUUCAUGGCGUAGAAUAUGCAUUUGGCGCACACGACUACCCGACAAGUGGAGUCUUUGAGGUCGAACCUCGUCAGUGCCCGGGCUUCAAGUUCAGGAAGUCAAUAUUCAUGGGGACAACGUGCUUGGAUCCGAUGCAGAUUAGGGAGUUCAUGGAGCGCCAUUCUGCAAGCUACAAUGGGGACACAUAUCAUUUGAUUGUUAAGAACUGCAACCAUUUCUGCAAGGAUAUUUGUUACAAAUUGACUGGGAACUCAAUACCGAAAUGGGUAAAUCGACUUGCCCGGAUAGGUUCAGUCUGCAACUGUGUGCUCCCAGCGUCACUUCAGGUUUCAGCUGUGCGGCACGACCCGUCUGGUUACGAACCCUACGAUGGUGAGAAGAGGAGGCUAAGAAGCAGCUUCAACUGCUUUUCUUCCAUCUCGAUGCGGCAGAAGCAGUUCUCAAGGUCGUCUCUCUUCUUAGGAUCACCCUUGAAAGGUUGCCUGCCGCCAUGGGAUUUGAGAAGGUCGAACAAUAGCUCCUUGAAGGAAAGGUAAAGAAAAAGGGUUUUGUGAGCUGGAUUGACAGAUGGGUUUCGAGGGCCUUCUUCUCCUGGUCACCUCCUGUUGAAGGAUUUUCUACAAAGCUUCAUCUUGCUAGUUAUAGGAAGUCCCUUUGCCUUGGAAGAGUAAAAGCUCUCUGUAGGAAUGUUGUUGUGUAUGUUAAUACUAGAAAGAUGCAGUGCUUUUCUUUCCUUGA